AACUUGAGUAGCCAAUCCUAGCGCAGGAUUCCGGAAUACGGGUGGGCAAAUAACGCUUGCUAGGUGGAUUUUGCUUUGGCGAGACGAGACGGAGUAUUUUUGCGUGAUUAUUUUUGUUUAGGUUUAAAAGCUUGGCCGAUGGACAGUGAGGUUCAGAGGGACGGGAGAGUGUUGGAUCUGACCGAUGAUGCCUGGAGGGAAGACCGGCUGCCUUAUGAAGAUGUAACGAUUCCUCUGAGUGAACUUCCAGAAGCAGAACAGGAUAAUGGAGGAUCCACGGAGUCCAUCAAAGAGCAAGAAAUGAAGUGGUCUGACUUGGCGUUGCAAAGUUUGCAUGAAAAUACUCCAAGUACUGGGACAUAACUGGUUCGAUGUAAUUUUAUUUGAUCAGGUUGAAUGCAAGUUUUUGAGUUGUAUUGUGUGUCUGGCUGUUUGUUCAUUUGCUGUUCUUCAAAUAAAACUUAGAUAUGUAAAUGCAAACAUAUCUAUGGCUAAGAAAUGUUUUUACAUAAAUUCUGAAAUGAAAAGGUCUUGCGUUUCCUUAAAUUACAGUAUUAUCUCUAACGGUAUCAACGUGGAAAUAUUCCUAAAAUCAACUGUUUGGAAGAUUACAGUUAUUCCCUUAAACAAAAUAACUAUUCAUUCAAACUGCUAAACGUUACACCUCAACUUUAUAUCAGAAUGCAGCCCCAGUGUUCUGAGCUCCAGCUGUAAAAUGAAUUCACUUAAGGUAUUAAUGAUUUUGCAGGCUUUGGCCAGCCUGUGCACAUCUGUUUAUGAAUGCUAUAAUCAUAAGCAACACUAAGAAUUAACUGUUGUUGUUUAUGGGUGCUCCACACCAUUAAAUGUUAGAAUAAAGAAAUUAAAAAUAAUUAAACAAAUUACUGGGUAUAUGAGGAAUACAACUCUCACGGAUGUGGUGUUAUAGGAAAAUAAUCAACUUUCCACAAUUAUUUUUCUUUAAAUGGUGAGACAUAGAGAGCAGCACCUCACUAUUUUAAGAUAUUGUGUAAAAUAAAAUAAAAAUAUUUAAGUUAUACCUUAUUUAAUCUGGUCUGCUAACUUUGUCCAUUUGAAUUGUUCAGAGCUCACAACUUUCUUCUUUCCUGUGGAUGAUUUAAUGUUUCAAACAUUUGUUGGACAGUUAAACUCAAUAAAAGCUUGUGUAAAAUCAGAUUGUUAAAUGUGCUGGUAAACCUACCGCUGCUGUGUAAAUGUGAUUAAAAAAAUAAAUAAAUAAAAAUGGGAUUAAAAUCCCUGUACUGUGUAAAAUA